AUGGCUCGCAUUGACCCCAUUAUACUCACCGUUUUCAUUUGUGUGGUACUGGUCCCGGGACUUGUGGCUCAAAUGAGCAACUCGACGGAUGAUAUAGACGAGGAAUCGCAUUUCCCCAUGACAGGCUACAUUGUGCCCUACAAUAUUAGUGAGAGGACACUAAUACAGAGAUACACUGGGGCAUGUAAGCCCACCAACCCGAUUGACAAGUGCUGGAGGUGUAGACCAAAUUGGGCUCGAUAUCGCAAGAGACUAGCGGAUUGUGCCAUGGGCUUUGCAAAGGGAACCACUGGAGGGAAGUACGGUAAAUUCUAUGUAGUGACUGAUCCCUCCGAUAACGACGUGCAAAACCCAAGGCCAGGGACUAUACGCCACGCUGUCAUCCAAAAAGUGCCUUUGUGGAUAUAUUUCGCACGGAGCAUGACCAUAAAGCUGAAGCAAGAGCUCAUCAUGCAAAGUGACAAGACGAUCGACGGUCGUGGUGCGUCCAUUCAUAUAGCCGGGGGAGCAGGUUUCACAAUCCAGUUCAUUAAGAACAUUAUAAUUCACAACCUCUAUAUUCAUGAUAUCAUACCAACCAGUGGAGGCCUAAUAAGGGACUCCGUCGAUCAUCUUGGGUUAAGGGGGAUGUUCGACGGAGACGGUGUUUCGAUCUUUGGGUCCAAGAACGUAUGGCUUGAUCAUCUUUCCAUGACAAACUGCUUCGACGGCUUGAUCGAUGCCGUCCAGGGUUCUACGGCCAUCACUAUUUCCAACUGCCACUGGACCGACCAUGAUAAGGCAUUGCUGUUCGGAGCUUCGGAAGAGACGACUGUAGACGAUCCUAUGCGAAUCACGGUGGCAUACAAUCAUUUUGGGAAGAGAUUGGUGCAGAGAAUGCCAAGGGUGAGAUCGGGGAUAGUACACGUCGUAAACAACGACUACACACACUGGAACAUGUAUGCAAUAGGCGGGAGUCACGGUGCAACUGUCAUAAGCCAGGGAAACCGCUUCAUCGCUCCAGUCAGACCUGAAUUCAAAGAGGUGACACAUAGGGAUUAUGCCACAAAGGCGGUUUGGUCAACGUGGACGUGGUGCUCACAAGGGGACCUGUUUUUGAGAGGAGCCUUCUUCCGUCAAUCGGGGGAUUGUAGUCCACGCAAUAUAGCCAGGUUGGCUGGCCUGGACUCACUUCCUCCGCGUCCAGGAAGGGCAGUCAAGAGUAUGACCCGUUUCGCAGGUUAUCUUGGCUGCAGGCCUGGUGUGGCUUGCUAG